UGACGGUACAUAUGGUAUACUUCGACUUCAAUUUUACGCACACUGUCACAACUUCGAUUGCAAUGUUCACGACCAAGGAAACAUCCUCGGCUGAGUUUCCAACCUUGACGGAGCUCAAGCACUCCAUCCCUCGCUCGUGCUUCGAGUCGGAUGCUUCCACAUCGCUCUACUACGUGGCCCGGUCCGUGGCGUUGACUGCCGCUCUCAUGACCGGCCUCACCUACGCCCGCGAUGCUGUGGCCGACUGGCUGGUGCUGGACGUUGCCGUGUCCCUAGCGUACGCGUAUGUGCAAGGUGUUGUGUUCUGGGGUGUGUUCACCAUCGGCCACGACUGCGGCCACAGUUCCUUCUCUCGCUACCACAACCUCAACUUCAUUGUCGGCUGCAUCACGCACUCCGCGAUCUUGACCCCGUUUGAGAGCUGGCGCAUCACCCAUCGCCACCACCACAAGAACACGGGCAACGUCGACAAGGACGAAGUGUUCUACCCCCCGCGCGCCAAGGACGUGCCGAAGCAGACGGCGUACUCGCCUGGGAUGUCUUUCUUCAACUUCCUCAAGCAAGGCUACGCUGGCGACGCCCACACCCUAAGCCACAACAUCGGUACCCACCAAGUGCACCACUUGUUCCCGAUCAUCCCGCACUACAAGCUGAACGAAGCCACGAGCCACUUCCGCAAGGCGUACCCGCAUCUCGUCCGCGUCAACACGGAGCCCAUCGUCGGCGCGUACUUCAAGACGCUGGAUCUGUUCGUCCGUCACGGGAGCGUGCCUGAUGACGCCGAAGUGUUUACGCUGGGUGCGCAGGCCAAGGCGGCCAAGAAGGCAUUGUAA